GAACCGAGCUGCGGAGCGGGAGAGAACCGGAUCUGCCGCUGCCGCGUCUGCCGCUGCCGCGGAAACAUGAAGACACCGCGCCGCGCUGCCGCGUCGGGAGCUCGUUAUUACCGGAGGUGAAACGGAAAAACAUGAGCGAGGACACGCGCCCAGACGAUGACAGUUACAUUGUGCGCGUCAAAGCGGUGGUGAUGACCAGAGACGAUUCGAGCGGCGGCUGGUUGGCUCAGGACGGCUGUCUGAGCAGAGUGGGAGUGUGCAGGCUGCUGCCGGCCGAGCUGCUGGGACGCAACAGCUUCCUGAUCCACGGAGAGCGGCUCAAAGACAGGCAGGUCAUUCUGGAGUGUUUCUUAAAAAAGGAUCUGGUCUACACGAAGGCCACGCCCACGUUCCACCACUGGAAGGUGGACAAUAGAAAGUGCGGUCUGACCUUCCAGAGUCCGGCGGACGCCAGAGCUUUCGAUCGUGGGGUGAGGAAGGCGCUGGAGGACCUGACGGAAGGGUCGACCACGUCCUCGUCCACGCUGCAGAAUGAGGCGGAGCUCGGCGAUGACGACGUCUUCACGACGGCCACCGACAGCUCGUCCAACUCGUCCCAGAAGAGAGAGCCCACCAUGCACUCGCUGGCCCCGCCCCACUUCUGCGAGGCCCGUCGGCACCACUGCAUUCUGGGACAUUUCUACGAGCAUCACCGGCCCUCGGAUCACUACUUCCUGGACCAGGCCGUGCACAUGUUCCCUCGCCACGUCAGCUUCCAGCUGGAGGAGGAGGAGAUCGUCCGGAUCAACCCUCGAGAGCGGACCUGGCUCACCAGCUACGGGGACUACCGCUGGGACAAACUCAACCAGCCCGACAACCUGGACGCGUACGUUCACUUCGCCAAGAGCGAGCCGCCCAAACCCGACUACACCUACCCGUACCCGCUCAGCUGCGACGUGCAGCGAGUCUGCGACCGCAAACCGGGCUGCCUGGAGCUGGGCGGCGGCAACAGGGCGGUGGUGACGGUGCAGCCGCGAGCCCUGCAGCCCAAAGGGAAGAGGCGGAAGGAGGACGGCGAGCGAUCACGCUGCGUUUACUGUCAGGACAUGUUCAAUCAUGAGGAGAACGGGCGGGGCCGCUGCCAGGAGGCGCCGGACCCCAUCCAGACCUGCAUCAGACGGGUCAGCUUCAUGUGGUGCGCGGACAGCCUGCUCUAUCACUGCAUGUCCGACCCCGAGGGGGACUACUCGGACCCGUGCUCCUGCGACACCAGCGACGAACGCUUCUGCCUGCGCUGGACGGCGCUGGUGGGUCUGUCGCUGCUGGCGCCGUGCAUGUGCUGCUACGCACCGCUGAGGGCGUGCUACCGCUGCGGCGUGGCCUGCCACUGCUGCGGCGGGAAACACAAAGCUGUGGGGUGAGGCGUCACAGGCCCCGCCUCCUUCAAGGACUCAAGGGAGAGCGGGGAGAGGGGGAACGGAUCUGUGUCGUUUUUGUUGUUGUUUGUCUCGUCGACGAUUUUUAAAAGAGGAGAAGAAGAAGUCUGGACGGACGGACGGGCGGAC